AUGUACUCCCAAAGUCUCCUCUUCCUCCUCCUCGCUGUUCCCUUUACAGCUGCGGUUCCUGUCGCCGAGCAGAAGCACAAUGGGAAGCCCAUCCACGUGAAAGUUCCCGGCAUGGGUACGGGCACCUAUUAUCCGGGAGAUCACGGCCAUAGCGGAAAUGUGGCUGUGUAUAAUCUUGCCCACUAUGGCAAUGUCAACGGCCCCAAGAAGGGGGGUAAACCGUGA